GCGCCCUGAUCGGGGGCGCCCAGCCCACUAUGGCUGGAGGGCCCCUGUCACCCUGCGCUAUAUAAAGAGGUGGGGGCCGGCGGCUCUUUUCACGAGGUUCGACUGAGCCGUACACCCCACCGAAACCCUAACCCUAAUCCGAUCUAAGAGGGGCGCAGCCAGUGACGGGAAGCCACCAGCCGCGCCGCCCUGCUCCACCACGUCGACGGCUACACCGACACCGUCCCCGACCGUCGCUGCCCGUGCGCAGACUCCAUCAACGAACGUGAUGGAGGCAUCUGGGUCAUCUACUCCGGAGGUGUCAGGCGGAUACAAUUUGAUGAGUUGUAUCAAAGAGAUCCCCACUCUCAAAGGUGACAACUACACGGAGUGGAAGAAAAAGAUAGACCUUGCCUUCAUCUUGGCUGAGGUGGACUGGGUAGUCACCUCACCGUGUCCCACUGAGCCUGUGGCACCGGUGAGGGAGACAAACGAGGCUGAUGCCGCUUGGGCAACUAAAGAAAAGGAUUUUGAAUACCAAAAGAUGUCCUAUCACCUUGAGCAUAGGAAGUGGUUCACUGCCAACAAGAAAUGUUUGGCUGUGAUAAAGAACACGAUUGAGCCUGCAAUUUUGGGCUCAAUCCCAGAGUAUCACACGGUCACCGAGUACCUCGAUAGAAGAAAGAGUCCCUGGUGA